AUGUCCGCGAGUCUUGCCCGCACCCCUGGCAUGGAUAUGGAAGAUGGCGAAUACCACGUCGUCGAUAAGGAUGCCGAUCCGAGCGCAUCCUUGUCCACGGCUCGACUCGGUGCGGGCGGAACAUCAGCAGGUCCCAAAACGAAUUCACCAGCACUAUCGUCAACGGUCGCCAUGAAUUCUACGAGCACAACGACUGGUCUGGGUCUUGGCUCGGAAACACCUCAACAGGAACACCAAGAGAAGUAUUCUGCUUCGUCUCUAGCGUCUUCUCCUGGAGAAACGAGUGCUAUCAUCAAUGGAGCGGCAAAUAGAAGUAGUGCGCCGACGAGCAGCACGACGGCGGCGGGCAUGGCGCAGGAUCCCGAACCUACGCGAGAAGUGGUGGACCCAGGUGGAGCUGGAUUGCCGGCAUCAACGCCGUCGUCCUCUAGAGUCUCCUCGCCUGCUGGCAGCGUUGCCAAAACUAAGGUGAGUGUCUCCUGCCAAGGCUGCGGCAAACAGACCAAUUCAGAACUGUGCUGUCCAACUUGCAACAGUUUUGGCCGAAGUAGCUUCUUCUGUACGCAGGACUGUUUCCGUCAAAACUGGGCAGUCCAUAAGCGUUUGCACGUCCUCUUGCAGCAGCAAAAAGACCUGGCGGGACAGUUUCCUCAAACGGAACCUGCGACACCGUCAUCGAGCAUGGGCGGCAACACACCGGGGUCAGAGUCUAGAAAGUGUCUGGACGAAAGCUGUGGCGAUACUUCUUCCACACCCAGGAAUGACGUCUUUCAGAACGAAGGGCUGCUGAAGCGAGGAGGGCAAAGCAUCGGGCUUUCCUCGCUGCGAGAGAAGAUGUUUCACGCAAGCACGCCAGGAGGUGUGCCGACCUCACGAUCCUCUCAAGACGAAGAGGACAUCGACGAGAGCAAGAACAAGCCCUUGUCGCACAUGAUGCGAGCGUUGGUGAGCCAACCCUUCAUCAGCAACGUGCUCCAGCAACUUCCCGCACCGCUUGUGUCUGGCGGCGCUGCCUUGAUGAAUGGGGCAACCGGGAGCAGGCUGGCGAGUCCCCGCACGCCAGGGGGACCGAUCUUGCCAGGGACUCGCUCCGAUGGGAGUUCCUCAGGAGCAAGCAGCAAAAACAUCUGGGCAGGAGGCAUGAUCAAUUUUAACGUGCCUCAUGAAACGCUGACAAAAAAUGGAGACGGUGGCGCUGGAGGAUCAUCGCGUUCGACGUUCUACAUUUCGCCUGGAGGUGCAGCUCUUGGUCGGAGCGCUGCGGGUUCCGCACCUGGUUCGCAACACGGAGUAGUGCGGUGUUUCCUCGGCUUCUGCAGCGCUUUGGCUAGUGCGCCGCGCCCCCUGCGCUUGCUCCUUCUCGGCGUCGGAUUGGUGUUUUCCCUCUACGUGUAUGUCACUCGAUGGUUAGCAUCCCCUGAGAUGAACGGUGUCUUGUCGGCGAAGCCAGUUGGGCCACCGAUUGCAGGUCAGGACGCGACGAAAACGAAAACAUCCUCGUGGUCUGCAACUGUGAUUACGAUGGAUAUCAUUUUUGAUAAUCAUGCGUAAUCAUUUUCAUUUCGUUCUGGAUUUUCACCGCAUCGCGCACUAUGCGCUUGUUUCUUGCUCCUGGAAUCGCGUAUCUCUUAUGUAUUUCAGGAGCGUCCUUCGCGCUGCAUCCCGAUAUUUACAGUAUGCUUUCGGGAGAACAAGAAAUGAGCUGUUUUUUUGACCAGUACUAGCACUAGCACAGAGACGAGUAUAAUACAUCUCAAGAACAAAUGUGCUCACGCAGUCUCUAAGAUUAGCAAGACGCAUGGUCAGGACCUAUCGGCAGGCAUGCAGGAGAUGCUGAAUCGCUUAGACGAACAAGAAAAGCGUAUCGAAAAGCUCGAGAAGCACCUAAACCUUGGCAAAUUUGUCGACGAAUUCACCGGUGUCUCGGGGCAGCCGAGAUUGAAAGUCAAGUCGUUGUCGAGCAGUGCUAGCACAGGAGUGGCGUCCUUUGGUCCUUCACCUACAGCAGACUCCACGACGCGGGAAACGCACGCCACUGAGCCGAUGUUCCAACAGCAGCAGCAGCAGCAGCAGCAGCUAGUACCUCAGGCGACUGCAUCAGGACAAGUCCCGGACAGUGCUGCUGCUGGCGCGAACACACUGGUUAUUCAUGAUGAGUCACAUCGGCAGAUGAAUUUUCAGGCGGCCACAUUUUCUGAUGUUGUUGCUACAACGGCAAGCACAGCAUCGUUCGCAGCCCCAGGUGCUACCUCCUUUGCCGCUCCUGCAGCACAUCAAAGUGCGCCUGCAACUACCAUCAAAACAUUUCCCGGAGCACCGGUUCCAUCUUCAGUCGAAACGGCACUAGUCGCUUCAACGACAACAUCCAGCAGCGGUGAUCCUUCCUCGCUGUUUGCCGCCGCAGGACAAGCAAAGCCAGAGUCCUCCAGUGUCGCGUUCGCAGCUCCUAUGCUUCAGCAGGCUGCCUUCGUGACCGAUGCAGCAGAGCCGCACCGUCAAGGCCAUGCGCCGCGAUCUUCAAGUGUAUUUGCUAUUAAUGAUUUUUCCCACCUUUAUGUAACAGCUGCAUUCAUGCCCGACUGAUAACGAAAAAUUUUUGUGGCACAGAAAGCUCCCACCUCCUCGGAGGCGUCUGUAAGGCGAUUGUAGCGAGAAUAAAUUCCACAUGACGAAAUCAAGAUGCUGGUUCGUAGUUGUACUACUCAGAGUAUUUUUUACCCUUACCAAGACGAGGAGGAGUGGUUUCGGCAUAUUGAAGAUGUACAAAAACCGUCAUUGCGAUUUCCAUAGGAUUCUGAUGAAGAAAGUCAGAACCAACAUUCAGAACGGAAAUUUUCAAAAUGCCCAAGAAUUAGAAUCAUCUCCUUACAUGACUCUGAUGCAGGGUGUUGCAGGCGCUACGCCAGCAUUUACCGCGUGGGAUCAUGUGCCAGAACUAGGUGGAGGACGCCAGGCCCCGGGGUCAUUCGUCGGGGUUGUAACUGCAGAAAAACCAGCAGACGACCCGUCACACGACGCUGCGACUGAUGUUAUUCCGUGAGCUCAUCUUUACUGGUUGGUGAUUGCUCGGGCUUCUUUUUGGUUACUUAUGUAUCAUCAUGAUUUGAUGAUUGUGAAUCAUGACAAGACCUGGGAUUUUGAUGCUGAGCUCGUAUUUUAUUUUAUGAUUGUAUGCGCAACACCAACAUUUUUAUUUUCAUAUUAAAAAGAAGAUGAAGAUAAUGAUACGUAGUACUCGAGUCUGUUCGAUUGAUAAAGUCAUCCAUCCAUUUGCGUCCUCACCUGAGUUUGCAAACCACCAUUAGUUCAUGUUGCAACAACUUGUAUUCUCUUGUCACCAGUAAAACUCUUCCGCGAAUAGAUUGGUUGCUUCGCAGCUAUGUUGUGUGCUUUCAUGUUGAGACUCCGAAAAUUCGGUGGUAACCCGAAAAUAUACACUCUAGUCAUUGAUAGAAAGAUUCUACAGUCACACCGUCAUAAAAUGGAUACUUGCUCCAUGCUUACGGUUCGUAUGGG